AGUGGCACCGGAGCACGCCGCAAUCCCCGAGCUUCGCUGGGGCUGGGACCUGGGAGGGGAGCCUUCCCGUCGCUUGACGCGUUUCUCGAUCGUUCCCCGUGGCGGCGGGCCGCGCACGCCGCCCCGAUCAUUUCGCGGGUCUCUCCCGCCGCGGGUCGCCGGAGGAGGAUGCCCGUGGAAGGCGCCGUGGGGAUCAAGGGCGAGGAGAUGGAGCAGGCCUCGGCGACAACUCCUACCACCAGUACGAUCAGGACAAAGCGAGCUCGUCCCAAGAGCAGUGCCACGCUCAAGACUCCAGUGGCGGCUCCUCCUGGAGGGGAGGGUGGUCCGGAGGAUAGGGACCACAUGUACCGGGGUGUUCGGCAGCGCAGGUGGGGCAGGUGGGCCUCUGAAGUCCGUGAGCCCAACCGCGGCAAGCGACACUGGCUGGGCACCUUCGACAACGCCGUUGACGCCGCCCUCGCAUACGACAGGGCCGCCGUGGCCAUCUUUGGCUCCCGCGCAAUCGUCAACUUCCCAUCUGCCUUCUUCAUCUCCACCGCCCAGCCAGUGCAAUGCCAUCCCGCGUCUUCUUCUCCUUCUGCCGCUGCUGCCUCUGUCUUUGUUGAGCAUAAACUGAGGCCGAUGCUCGCUGCUGCCUCUGUCCUUACUGAGCAUGGAGUGAAGCCGAUGAUGGCUGCUGCCUCUAUCCUUGAUGAGCAUGAAGUAAAGCCGGUGAUCACCGCCUCUGUCUUCGGUGAGCGUGAAGUGAAGCCAAUGGUCGCUGCUUCUGUCUUUCGUGAACGCGAAGUGAAGCCGGUGAUCACCGCCUCUGUCUUCCAUGAGCAUGAAGUAAAGCCGGUGAUCACCGCCUCUGUCUUCGGUGAGCGUGAAGUGAAGCCAAUGGUCGCUGCUUCUGUCUUCGGUGAACGCGAAGUGAAGCCAAUGGUCGCUGCCUCUGUCUUCCAUGAGCGUGAGGUGAAGCCAAUGGUCCCUGCCUCUGUCUUCGGUGAGCGUGAAGUGAAGCCAAUGGUCGCUGCCUCUGACUUCGGUGAGCGUGAAAUGAAGCCAAUGGUCGCUGCCUCUGUCUUUGGUGAGUGUGAAGUGAAGCCAAUUGUCGCUGCCUCUGUCUUCGGUGAGCAUGAAGUCAAACCGAUGCCGGUGCACGGUGUUGGUGACGACGCGUGGAUCACUCAGCAUUGGGAUGCUUCUUGGGCUGAACGAGAGGAAGUUUAUGCUGACUACCUCAAGGACAUUGCCAUGUAUAUUGAUGUUGAUGCUAUCACUGAGAAACUGGCGUACCACCCCGACAUCUAUGGUAAAGAUUACCAGCUCGAUGGGUUCGAUGCUGAGUUCACCGUCUCGCCAUUGUGGGAGCUGGGUGACUGAAAUGGCAGCAGAAGGAGGAUUUUUUGCUGACUGGAGUAGCUUCGUUAUGCUGGUAGCCAUCCGGAUCAUUUAGAAGGGCAUAUUACAUAGUACUUGAUGUAGGUCAGAAGGGAGCCUUUCUCUGAAGGUCUGCAUAGCGUUAUGUUAGGUAGAACUGUAAUGAUAUAUGUAGAUGAUCAUGCUGUGCAUCGAAUCACCUUCACUAAUUCGGACAAGAUGGGUGUCAGAAUCUAUGUCUUAACAUUGGGUAAACAACGGUACGAUGCUAUAUUUGUUGCUAGUAACUCCGAGUAUUAGAAGUGCAA